AAUUGAGAUGCCCGUGAGGGAAUUUUAAACGUUAGCUGACGGAGGGGCUGCUUUUUCUAGGAAGAACUGAACGGGACGGUUCUGCUCGGUGCUUCCCGUGGUCGCGUUGGUCUUGCAAGCGGGGGAGCGCCUCUUCACUCCUGUUAGUUUUUUGUCUUUUAAGGGUUUCGUCGUCUUUCUUCCCGCGCGACCCGAUCCGCGUCUGCUCGUGAGCAAACCUCACGACGUUUGGGAGGUACCGGUUUUAGAGGGAGGAAAGCCUUGCUUGUCGCCAUGGCUGUGGAUGACUACGAGGAGCUUCUCAAGUACUAUGAAAUACGUGAAACAGUUGGUACAGGUGGCUUUGCGAAAGUGAAACUAGCGUGUCACAGGCUUACUGGCGAGCAGGUUGCAGUAAAAAUAAUGGACAAGUUAGCGCUGGGGGAUGACUUGCCUCGUAUCAAGAUGGAGAUUGAAGCCAUGAAGAGCUUAAGCCAUCAACAUAUCUGCCGGUUAUAUCAGGUGAUUGAGACGCCGGAGAAAAUAUUUAUGGUAAUGGAGUACUGCCCUGGUGGAGAGCUCUUUGAUUACAUCAUAGCGAAAGAUCGCCUGACGGAAGAAGAAGCCUGUGUCUUUUUUCGUCAGAUAGUCUCUGCAAUUGCAUACGUACAUAAUCACGGGUACGCACACAGGGAUCUCAAGCCGGAGAACUUGCUGAUUGAUGCUGAGCACAACUUGAAGCUGAUCGACUUUGGUCUGUGUGCAAAACCAAAGGGUGGCUUGGAUUACCAUUUGAACACAUGCUGCGGGAGUCCGGCUUAUGCGGCGCCGGAGUUGAUCCAGGGCAAAGCUUACAUUGGUUCAGAGGCAGAUAUUUGGAGCAUGGGAGUACUCCUGUAUGCCCUUCUCUGUGGAUUUCUGCCUUUCGAUGAUGAUAAUGUGAUGGCUCUCUAUAAAAAGAUAGUGAGGGGGAAAUAUGAGGUUCCGAAAUGGCUUUCACCGGGCAGUGUACUGCUUCUUCACCAGAUGUUGCAGGUGGACCCAAAGAGACGGAUUAUGGUGAAACAUCUCUUAAAUCAUCCCUGGCUCAUGCAAGGCUAUCCUUUUGCCGUCCAGUGGCAAAGUAAAUACCCGCUUGGGCGUCUCGAUGAAGACUGCGUCACAGAACUCUCAGUGUUUCACAAAUGUAGCCGAGAAAGAAUGGCGGAUAUCGUUUCAGAGUGGAGAUACGACCACGUGUCCGCAAUGUAUCUCUUACUCCAGUCCAAGAAAGCUCACGGCAAGCCCGUUCGUCUGAGGAUUCCUUCUCUAGCGUCCGACUGCGUAGACGUCACUGCAAGCAGAGCGCGGAAGGUCAAAAAGAGCAUGACUUUUGAAGAUGUUCCAGACAGUAGUAGCGAAAUGCCUGGUGUGUUUGGGUCCUUGGAAUUUCUCGGCUCUUUCGAAGCUCUACCUGGGUCAUGUGUAACACCCAAAGCCAAACAGCACUGUGUGUUUCUGGAUGGCGGAGAAUUCACACCACCGCUCCUUCCUAUGCCAAGAAGAGGAGCAUCGUCCAAGAAAAAGGCCAACAAGGAGAACUCUGAUGCCAAAGUUGCAGCAAAAUUGGACCCUUUUGUGCUUCCUCCUCCCAAGAUGUCGACAUGGGCCAUGAACGAGAAGAGGGUGUUGACCGCCCCAAAUCACACACUUCCAUCUGAAGAGAGCAGUCAGGCCAUGACAGACAGCCCAGCUAAGAAGCCACCAACUCCCACCGAUCCAAACGAAUUGGCAACAGGGGUCAUUAGCCCCGAGCGAAGGUGCCGCUCGGUGGACUUGGAUCUAAACCAGGCUCACCUGGAAAGCGGUCAGAAAAGGAAGGGGGCAAAGAUGUUUGGAAGCUUUGAAAGAGGCUUGGAUAAAGUGAUCACCAUGCUCACGCCCGGCAAAAGGAAAGGCUCGGCAAAAGAAGGCCCAAGGAAGCUAAGGGCUCAUUACAAUGUGACCACAACUAACCUGCUGAAUCCGGAUGAGUUGCUAAAGGAAAUAAUUGCCAUCCUUCCCAGAAAACAUGUUGAAUAUGUACAGAAAGGCUAUAAGCUAAAGUGUCAAACACAGUCAGACUUUGGCAAGGUGACCAUGCAGUUUGAGCUGGAAGUCUGCCAUCUGGGCAAAUCCGAAGCCGUGGGCAUCAGGAGGCAGCGGCUGAAGGGGGACGCUUGGCUCUACAAAAGGCUAGUGGAAGACAUCCUGUCUAGCUGCAAAUUGUAGUCCUUGGUCUCCCCAGUAGGAGGCGCAGCAGCUUCAACUCGCCAUGGUUCAUUUGGUCAUGACAAGAAGUUAACGCUGUCCGAAAGACUAGCGUGUUGUUUUUAAAAUAGAAAAUGUUUUGUGAAUAAAUAUAUAACCUUC